AUGUCUUCUGAGGACUUUAAACUGCCGCUCAAGAAGAAGAUGGUGACUCUCAUGGACCUUGCAGACCUUGGUAGUCGGGGAGCCAGAGCGAACACUACCAUAUCCGAUAGUGUCAUGUUCGAACUCACCUCCACUCUUGAUGGAAUCCACCAUAUAGUCGAUAACUACGAUUUUCGAAACACAACUCUCAGAAGCAGCAUAUCUGCUUGCAUCGGCAAACUCCCACCCCGGCUACAUGAUCUCGCUGCUCUUCCCGUCACCCUUACCCACCAGGAUCUCGCCCCAUUCAAUUACCUUAUUGACAAACCCACGGGCCGCGUCCAGGCUGUACUAGACUAG